AUGGACGAAGAGGACGAUCGCGACUUCAGCAAAUCGAUAGUCUUUGGCUUCCUGGAGCAGGCUGAACAGACCUUCGGCAAGAUGGAUGCAGCCAUGGAGGAGAAGAACCUUCCGGAACUGUCGAGCUUAGGUCACUUCCUCAAAGGAUCUUCUGCCACACUGGGCUUUACCAAGGUCAAGGAUGAGUGCGAGAAAAUCCAACACUACGGACACAAGAAGAACGCGACCGGCGAGGACGAUGAGCCCGACGAGAAAAAGUGUCUCGAGAUGAUUGGCAAGAGCCUCGCGGAAGCCAAGAAAGCAUACGGAGUUGUCAAUGAACUCAUGAAGCAGUUCUACGCGGAUUCUUGA